AUGGAUAUGAGCGGCGACGACCACGACAUGGGGGGAAUGGACAUGGGCAGCGACGAUAGCGGCGCUGCCUGCGUGAUCUCAAUGUUAUGGAACUGGAACACCAUCGACUCCUGCUUCCUCUCCAGCCACUGGCACAUCCGCUCAGGCGGCAUGUUCGCCGGCUCCUGCAUCGGAGUGAUCCUCCUCGUCAUCGCCCUCGAGUUCCUCCGCCGCGUCGCCCGCGAAUACGACUCGUUCCUCGUGCGCGACGCGCAAAGGAAGUCGCAAUACCAGUCGCAGGCCCAGUCGCACGAACCCAAUCUCGCUGCCUCAGCAGCAGGAUCAUCGUCCUCUGCUGACCACGGCAAGGCCCCUGCAUCGACUACUGCCGUUGCCGGUGCUGCUGCUGCGCAGGGAUCCGGACGCGGAGGUACCAGUGUCCGCCCUACCCUACUUCAACAGAUCACCCGCGCGUUCCUGCACGUGCUCCAGUUCGCCGUUGCGUAUUUUGUCAUGUUGCUUGCGAUGUAUUUCAACGGGUAUAUCAUCAUCUGUAUAUUCAUCGGGGCGUUUUUGGGAUCAUUUAUCUUUUCGUGGGAGGUUCUGGGUGCUGGGGCGAAGGAGAAUGACGCGACGGCGGUGACGAAAUGCUGUGGUUGA